GAGAAUUUUGUUUAUUUUGGCUGUUGGGUUCUCCUUGAACAACAAUUUGCUGAACAAUAACAGUACUACUUCAAGGAAAAACUCUUCGGAAGCCUUCUGUUAAUUGUUUGAUCAACUAGGUUUCUCUUUUAAAAACCCUUGAUUCACAGAGAAUUAUAGAGAGAGAAAGUGAGGCAAAUAAAAGUGGGGGUUUCACAACCAUGUCUUUGGGGUACGCAGAGAAGCUUUCCUACAUUGAAGAUGUGGGCAAUGUUGGGAUGGCUGAAUUUUUCGAAUCACCUAACAUUUUGCAAGAAAAAUAAUAGUGAAGGCAGGAUGUUGCUUUUGGUGAUAAAGGUCUGAAUUCCUAUGCUGUUAGAGCACUUGCAAAUGGCAUGCACUUUCAGACCUGAAUCUCUGUGUGACUUACAGUAGUUUGACACGAGUGGCUGUUUCUUAUUGUUCGGAGAUUAUCUUUGGUAAGUACAUGUAACUCUUGUGACACUGACUUCAACUAUUCCGCUCUUUGGUUCUGACAGGUAGAACAACUUGCGAGUAUGAUUCGAAAGAGUAAGCAUAUGGUUGUAUUUACAGGUGCUGGUAUAUCUACUUCUUGUGGUAUCCCUGAUUUUCGAGGUCCCAAGGGCAUCUGGACACUUCAGCGUGAAGGUAAGGCCUUGCCCAAAGCAGCUUUGCCUUUCAAUCGAGCAAUGCCUAGUAUAACCCAUAUGGCUCUUGUUGAGCUAGAGAGAGCUAGUCUCCUCAAGUUCGUUAUUAGUCAGAAUGUUGAUGGUCUCCAUAUACGGUCCGGGCUACCACGAGAAAAACUUGCAGAGUUGCAUGGGGACUCCUUUCUGGAAAUUUGCCCAUCUUGUGGAGCUGAAUAUGUACGAGAUUUUGAGGUUGAAACGAUUGGAUUGAAGGAAACAUCACGACGUUGUUCUGAUGCAGCUUGUGGUGCAAGAUUAAGGGAUACUGUUCUUGACUGGGAGGAUGCAUUGCCUCAAAAGGAGAUGGAUGCCGCUGAAAAGCACUGUAGAAUGGCUGAUCUUGUAUUGUGUUUAGGGACAAGUUUGCAGAUUACCCCUGCUUGCAACCUGCCUCUCAAAUGUCUUCGUGGCGGAGGGAAGAUUGUCAUUGUGAAUCUUCAGAAAACUCCAAAGGAUAAGAAAGCAAGCCUCGUGAUCCGUGGGCUUGUAGACAAGGUGAUUGCUGGUGUCAUGGAAAGUCUUAUUCUACACAUAAAUCCAUUUGUUAGGAUAGACCUUUUCCAGAUUUUUCUUAGUCAAGCUGCGAGUUCAGAUAAAAGAUACAUGAACUGGAACCUUAAGGUUGAAAGCGUGCAUGGACACAGAGCUCCGUUGCCAUUCGUUAAAAGUGUUGAGGUCACCUUCGUAGACAGACAAGAUCUGAAAGCUGCUGUGUUAGACAAGCAGCCAUUUGUGCUUAAAAGGAGGUUUGUGAGGAUGGUGGAACCGUUUGAGGUGGUAUUGAAAAUCAACUUCAUUGAUAACUGCAGAUGUCGCUAUGCACAGAUUAAAAUCCCCGUCAAUUUCAAAAUUUCAAGGAAAUGUCCUGAAUAUGACAAGGAAGCCAUAUUUCAAAACUUAAGAGAGGCAGCGAUGCAAGAUUCUCUCUGUGGGCAGUACGAGGUUAUAGAGAGAAAGGCGAAGUUAUCCCCGAAAAACGACACAACAGUAUACGCCAUCGUGACCAACAUCGCUACCUACGAUAAAGUUGAAGAUGUGAAAAUAAAGAGCGAAAGGUUGAUGAUGAUGAGUAGCACAAGUUCAGAAACUGAUAACAAGCCACUCAGAUUUCUUCUGAAAAGGAAAAGUAGGCUCACAGGUAACAUCCCUGAAACUACUAACAAGCAACUAAAACUUGUUCAACCUAAAAGUAAGCUGUAAUCUUCUUCUUUAUUGUUAAAGAGUGUAUUUUCUGUGCAUAAGAUAAAGAUCCCACUUUUGUUUUUCCAUAUUUUGGGGGGCAUAAAAAGCAUAUAUAGAUUGAUUUAGUAUACACAAAUUAGUGUUACAUAUAUAUCGGCGCCAAGGCUGACUGAAUUUUGUUAGAUGUAACUCUCAGUCUUACCGAUAUUAAUUCGGAUAGGUGUAAAUUGGUGUAACUCCUUACUACUUACUGCUACUGCUUUCAACAACUUAAGAUUAUUUAUCUCUAUGUAAGUUUCUUCAUUUUUAGGCA